UUAGGGGUGGGUUGGUUUAGCUGGGAAGGAAGUGUGGCCGUGCAGCAGUUCAUUCUGCUCUGUACUGUGUCGAGAUACGAACGUGUCUGUACUGUCCGUCAGUCUAUUUCACGAAGCAGACAACAGAUCACCUUGAACUCUUGCUGAGACCAGAAGUUGUUUUUAAAAAUGGACAGAUUUUUUAAGCAAGCGGGUAAAGAACUGGAGAAAGUUGCAAGAGACAACCAGGGUCUUUUACUCAGUAUUGCUAAUCAUAGCAAGCUGACAGAAAGCGUUGAAAACAUAUUGGAGAUAGCCAGAAAAGAACCAACCGAAAUCUCCAAGGCAAUCAGUGAUGUGAAAGAACAUUCAGAUAUUGCCAAACCAGUGAGUGAUGCCAAUGACAUGAUUAAGCCAAAAAGUUUAAAUAGACAACUGGAGAUAAUCGGAAAGCAAUAUAUAGUAGACGUGGUUAGAGGGGCUUUGGAUAAAUCAACAAAGACCAAUUGUGCUGACGAGGUUAGUCAGCAGGUUGGUGAAUCACCAGACACAGGCCAAGGUGAACCUAUCGCAACCAACACACUGCCUGACGCUGGAAACGCAGGAGAGAUGGAUGAACUGAAAGGGAAGCUUCACAACCUAUUUCAGCAGGGGAGGGUGCCAUUCAAUGUCAGGACGUUGGCCGUCUGUGGCUACAGGAGUGCAGGGAAAACCACCCUGCUCCGCAGGUUGCUGAAUGAACCAUUUCGGGAGGAUGAGCCCAUUACAGACGGAAUACGGAUCGGACAGAUUGAUGUCCAAAACUGGAAAGAAAAGAUAGAUAAUCCAAGUGAUGAUCUGACAACCGCGAUUGCAACCUGUGUUUUAAACACCAACAAACAAUCUCUCAAUGGAACAAAUACAGAUCAAAGCACCACUCCCUCAAAUGAAGAACCGAAGACCAUCGGUGAAGAUGCCGUACUGAGUGAAUCUUUUGCCAAUGAGAUCCUGAUGAAGAUGAAAGGCUCCAGUGAAGACACGGAAGGUUUCUCCGUGUUCAGAUACUAUGACUUUGGAGGCCAUGUUGAAUAUCAACAGAUGCAUAUGCCAUUUCUACCACACAAUGCAGUCUACAUCCUGGUUGUCAACCUAAACUUGGCGAUGAAUGACUCAUUGCCGGCAAAGGAAAGACCGCUUCGAGGACAGAAAGUAAUGGACACCUGUGGAUAUACUGUGAAAGAUUAUCUGGACUACUGGAUUGGGUGCAUUUCCUCACUCUCUAAAGGUCACAAGACCACCUACCGUGUAAUGCUGGUUGGGACUUUUGCCAAAAGCUGCAGCAACGCUGAUGAGGCUUUGAGCAAUAUUUACAGUUACCUGCAAGAGAAUUUCCCACCUGCCGCACUUUAUGCUGAGAAAUUUGCUGUUGACAACUCAGUUGAUAGUGACGAGGGAACAGGAUACACCGAGCUGCGAUCUGCCGUGGACAAGCUCUCCAUGCAAGUUGCGUUUGAAGACAACGUUGUUGUGGGUCAUGCCAAACUGUACUAUCACAUCCUGCAGAGUACGGAAAAGUACCUGCUGUGUAUGGAGAAGUACUUGCCAUGGUAUGAGAUCAUGGGCAGGUCGCAAGGUUCAGAGGGGAGCGACACUGACAGGAAGCUCCAAGUGCAGGCUGCACUCCAGGUUUUAAACUGCAUGAAGUUUGCCUACUUUUCUGACCCAAUCUUGAUCUUGGAUCCUCAGUGGCUCAUUGACCUCAUGGCCGCUCUGAUCCCAAUCAGUUGCGCACCACCAUUAAAGAUCCAAACGGCACCCUUUCCCAUCCAACAUCAGUGGAUGAAACUGGUCAAUACCGGACAAUUUUCAGAAAGCCUGCUGGAAUAUAUUUGGCCCAGUGAAAUAUUGAAACUCAAGGACGAGCUGCUUGAUAUUAUGAAGAACCUGAAUCUGGUGGUGUUGGCUGAUCCCGUGUCCAACUGUUACCACCUGUGGUUCAAGCGGAAACAGAGGGAGGUCUUCUUGGGUCUCCAUGAAAACCAAGCCAUGGCUGCCUUCCGCAAAGACAUUUUUACAGAACUGAUACCACUGUUCCUGAAGGAAUGGCCCUACAUCGAAACCCUGGACACCACAUUUGUUCGACUCCAAAAGAAAAAGAAUACUGAUUACAAAGUAUGUCUGGAAUUAAAGAACGAUCGGGUGCUCCUCUUGAAUAACAACGAGUUUGAACACGACGACUUUGUGUACAAAGUUGGUUCUAUUGUGAAGAGUAUGCAGAAGGACUAUCCCACCCUUUGUCUGUUUGUGGACGGAAAGCCCUAUAAAGCCGUUGAACUGUUCCUUCAGAUCAGAAAUAACAUAAAACAAAAAACAGAGAUGGUGUGUGUGGUUAAGAUCUUUAUGGAAGACCAGCCUGAAAAACAAAAGGAUAUUUUCUUCAGAGAUCAAUCAAUUGACAUCAGAUUUGACACAGCCACGGAACAUAUGGUGGAAAAGAUUGAAGAAAGAAUGCUGAUAAAAACUCUCGCAGAAUUCAACUGGUUCCAUGGGCCGACUGCGGAAGAAAUCUGUAAGAAAAGGCUUGAAUUUCUAUCAGCGGCACGUUGCUUUGCUAAAGGGAAGCAGCUGGUGAACGAGCUUUGUGAACUGCUGAGGAAGUUACACAGCAAUGACGUUGAGGCCAGAACAGUUGGCGAGAAGGUGGGAGAGAUCCUGCAGUGCUGCGUCAUCCAGUGCAUGUUAGACACGGCAGCCCAGCCCAUAGACCACAGGGACAUCCAAACUCUGGACACUUACCAACUGUUUCAGCAAGCUCAGCCCACUGUCCCAGAAAGUGCCAUACGUGACGUUCAGAAUCUUCAACGCCUGUCCGAUGACUCCACCAUGUCCGAGGAUUUAAUAGAGAAAUUCACAAUUAGCAUUCACCGUCUCUUCUGGAUCGUCAUGCUGGUCUUUGUCAAGUGCAUCGAUGAAAAAACCUCCCAGGAAAAGUCCUUGGAGGAGAGAAUUAGUAACCUGUACUUUAAGACAUACCACCAGUUUAUCGAACAUGAGAAGGCGCUAGAUGCGCUGAGGAAUGAGGUUCACAACUUGACCACAGCAAUAAACUCAACCUCGAAAAACAAAUCCUGCAAAGAUUGGUUGCACAAAAACUUCAGCCAAUUUGUACAGACAAUGGGAGAAGGCGUUCACAAUCCUGUAGUGGAUAAGCUUUAUGAGAAGCAUCUGAAUGAAGAGGAGGUGAACAAUAUCUCAUCUCGGAGGACCAGCCAAGAGAAGAAUCGAGAAUUACUGAGAGUCAUGCUUGACAAAGGAGAAGAUACUUGCAGAAUGUUCCUUCGCCUCUUCUGUUCCAAGGAUCCUUUCAACGAAAUAACUAGAAAGAUACAAGCUGAAGUGAAUCUUGAACGGUCUGCAGAAGAAAUGGAUUAUGCAUAUUAUUCCAUGAACAGUUAGAAUACAGAUUUGGUAAUCUGAGGCAAGGCUCUCGCUUAACCUUCUCCCCCUGUUGCCAGCCGGGCAACCUCGGCAGCUUUUUAGGUUGCCAAAUGACAGUUUAGGUGGUCAUUUAAGAUGGCUUGCAUGACACGUGCGAUAAUGUGCUCGGACGAAGUGCGUAGUUACCAG